GGAGAACCGUUAUAGAGGGGUUGUGCUGUGAUUAAUUAUCUUCUUCACUAUUGUUUAAUUUACACUCUUCUUCCAACCGCUCCUUUUUACACCUUUCUGCUGGGGCGCUUCGUCCCUUCACCUUCACGCGCUGAACAACUUUUUCGGUGCUCCCGUCUAGUCUCCGAUUUCGCCAUCUAAGUACGGAACGAAGUUAUAUCUUGCUUCACAACAGCAUACGUAUUGACCUUGCACUAUCGCGUCAGGCAUGCGCCUAUGGAGCAACAGAGGCAGUCAAUGCCUUUUGUGCAUACUACAGCCGACAGUUCGUCCUGCAACCCGGACGUUCGCGACUUCACCGGUGCUGCAGAGAAGUAAACCCAAAAAGAAGAAAUCAUCGAAAUCAAAGCCCACUGUCGACAGCUCCCUGCCAUAUAGUCCACACAAUCGUCGCAGAACCCUUGACUCUAAUGAGUUUGAGGCCGUCGUCAAACAAGCCUUAGAAUCCUAUCGUAUCAAAGUUAAGCACGGCGAAGACUCGUCGGCUCUGGAAAAGUGGGAUAAAUUCGAACGUCAGGUCCAAAACGCAUGCAAGUCAGACGGGGGCGUCCAAAUUGCCCAAGUUCCAGGUCCUUUGCGCCGCCUCAGGAGCGCCCUGCAUGAGGCUUUCCUCAACAAUGGAAUCCGGGGGUUAAACAAUGAAUUCGAGUUUCAGAUGUACUCGGAAGAUAUAACGGCGGAAUACGGGGCACCGAACCAGUUAAGGCAACAGAUCUUAGCCGAUUUGCGAUAUCCGGCGGAGCAGUACCCCCAGGCGCGCGCUGUGCAGCGCACCAUACAUCUACAUGUUGGUCCCACGAACUCGGGGAAAACAUAUCAUGCGUUGAAGCGCCUGGAAGCGUCUGGGAAUGGAUUCUAUGCUGGACCGUUGCGAUUGCUGGCGCAGGAGGUGUAUCAGCGAUUCAAGACCCAGGAAAUCCCAUGUAGCUUGAUCACUGGUGACGAUGUCAAGAUCCAUGCCGGGGAGGAGCGGGCAGGAAUUGUAAGCAACACCGUGGAAAUGGUCAGUCUAGGACAGCCAUAUGAGGUCGGUGUCAUCGAUGAGAUCCAGAUGAUCAGUGACACUCGGCGUGGUUGGGCUUGGACCCGUGCAGUGCUGGGUGCCCGCGUCAAAGAGCUCCAUCUUUGCGGUGAGACAAGAGCAGUCCCUCUGAUUCGAGACCUGGCUGCUCUUACUGGAGAUAAACUCGAGAUUCACCGCUACGAACGACUGAACCCGUUGAGAGUUGCUAAACGGAGUCUCCGUGGCGACUUGAGGAAUCUUCAGAAAGGUGACUGUAUUGUCUCGUUCUCACGUGUCGGCAUUCAUGCCUUGAAGGCGGAGAUUGAGAAAACUACGGGGAAACGAGCAGCUAUUGUUUAUGGAAGCUUGCCGGCCGAAAUCCGAACUCAGCAAGCCAGUCUUUUUAACGAUCCGAACAAUGAUUACGACUUCUUGGUAGCCAGCGACGCUAUUGGCAUGGGUCUUAACCUGAGCUGCAAGCGUAUCAUCUUCGAAACGGUGAUCAAGAAGCUUCCGCAAGGUCUUGUGAGACUCACUGUACCAGAAGUUAAACAAAUUGGAGGUCGGGCUGGACGCUAUCGGCCUGCUGUGCAGCACGGGCGUCCCGAUGACGAUGAUAACGUCGGCUGGGUUACAUCCCUCGAGGACGUUGAUCUACCUUACAUCAAGCAGGCAAUGGAGGUAGAGCCCCCUCCCCUUGUUGCUGCCGGUUUGCAUCCGCCCGAUCACGUUUUUCAAAAGUUCGCAGCCUAUUACCCGACAAACACUCCCCUAGAAUACUUGAUCAAGCGCAUCUUGUCGGUCGCAAAGGUCCAUCCCCUGUUCUUCUUGUGUGAUCCCCGCAACCAGCUCGAAAAUGCCGCGAUCAUCGAUGCCGUGGAUGGACUGCGGAUGCCCGAUCAACUGACACUCAUGGCCGCGCCUAUGUAUGUCAAGGACAUUGGUGGCCGGGACGCCGCGAUCGCUUUCACUCGAUGCGUCGCCGAAAACUCGAACGGUCAUCUACUGAACUUCCAGACGUUGAACCUGGAGAUUCUUGAAGAGGAGGUUUCAGGCCGGAAAGAGUACACGACAGAGUUGGAGUCUCUGCACAAGUCGAUCGUUCUGUAUCUUUGGCUGAGUUUCCGCUUUGGCGGCAUUUUCACGGACCGGACUCUGGCCGGACAUGUAAAGGAGUUGCUGGAGGAGAGGAUGGUCCGAGCUCUGACCGAAUUCUCCGCGAACAAGAAGCUUAGGAAGGAUUCUUCUCUCCGUCGACAGAUCGCUCUUCAGAAACAGAGCUUGGAGCAGCAGCUUUUGCUAGCCGAGGAGGCUGAUAGGACUUACGGUGGUGGUGGCACGACUUCGCUUCAUGGUCAAGCUCAAGACGACCUGUCGCCAGGAGACGAUGUGCUGGAAGAGCCUGUGUUGGAGGAUUCUGUAGAAGAAGAGAAUCUGGAGGAAGACAACGGGCAGGAAAGUGACGUGCUGGAAGAACCAGUGCCAGAAGAUUUUGUAGAGGAACAGAAUCUGAAGGAAGACAAUGAACAGGGAGAUGAUGUGCAGGAAAAACCGGAUUCCCAUGCAGGAACUCCCUAGGUUCCUACUUUCUGAG